GCCAUUUAAUUUCCUUUUACCUUCUGUGCUCAGCUUGUGGUUGAUCGAACACGUGCAUUCGUGAAAAAUAUUAAUUUAAAAAUGCAGAAACAAAAGAGGGAACCUAUUCAUGCUGUCCAAGUUUUUGGCAGAAAAAAGACAGCCACCGCUGUUGCCUAUUGUAAGCGUGGACGUGGAAAUUUGCGAGUAAAUGGACGUCCUUUGGAACUCGUGGAGCCAAAAGUUCUCCAAUACAAGUUGCAGGAGCCUAUUCUACUUUUAGGCAAGGAAAAAUUUGCCGGUGUUGAUAUCCGCGUUCGAGUAAAUGGAGGAGGUCACGUCGCACAAAUUUACGCUAUCAGGCAAGCAAUUUCAAAGGCUUUAGUUUCCUAUUACCAGAAAUAUGUCGAUGAGGCGUCUAAGAAGGAAAUCAAAGACAUGCUGAUUCAAUACGACAGGACCCUAUUCGUGGCAGAUCCCCGUCGUUGCGAACCAAAGAAAUUUGGAGGUCCAGGUGCCCGUGCACGUUACCAAAAGUCAUACCGUUAAUUUAUAUUAUCUUUUUUUAAAUUCUAUUAUAAUAAAUUUGGUUUGACAGAA